AUGAAAUCUCAGCAUCUAGUUUGUGUGAUUGUGUUCGCAUUCGCGCCUGCUAUAGCUUCAGAAGACGACUUUGCCUCUGAGGGUACCGUGAAAACUGUUUUGGGGAAACAGAUCCGAGUGUUUUUAGGAAUUCCCUAUGCGCGACCACCUGAAGGAAAACUCAGAUUCCGGAAGCCGCAACCAGUCAACUUCACCAAGGGUCUCCGGGCGGCGAAAGGAAUGGCACCCUCAUGUUUACAGCUGAACGAAGAUCUUCCUCCAUUUCCGUGGCUGCCAGAAAAGAACACAAGUUUUUCCGAAGACUGUCUAUAUCUGAAUGUAUGGACGCCGCUCACCGGGCGAUCUAAGAUUGAAAGGUUCCCGGUGUUGAUUUUUCUACAUGGUGGCGGUUUCCGCUCCGGCUCUUCAUCGCUUGAAGUAUACGAUGGGGGGACACUCUCAGCCUAUGGUGAUCUCGUAGUCGUGACUGUGAAUUAUCGGCUCGGGUCCUUGGGAUUCCUCCAGCUCAAUUCGAAAAUCUCGGGGAACAUGGGCCUCUAUGAUCAGGUGAGAGCUCUUGAAUGGACUCAGCUGCACAUUGGAUACUUCGGUGGCGAUCCCUCUCAAGUUACCGUCAUGGGUCAAGAAGCCGGAGCCGUUUCAUUAGGCAUGCUUCUCUUGUCUCCCCUUUGUAAAGGACUUCUGAAACAGGCCGUUCUCUUGAGCGGGGCUCCUAAUUGGCUGGUUGAUCCCAUGGAUACUACCGAGUCAAUCACGAGAGCUCGGAAGCUAGCUUCGGAGGUCGGCUGUGUCCCAACAUCACUACAUCCCGGGAAAAAACUGCAGCAAACUGGGCAAUGUCUGAUGAAAGUGAACGCGUCGAGCUUAGUUGAGGCAGAACAUCGCAUUCUGAAUGGUUCUUAUUACGGCUUUCUACCUCGGCAGAGGGACAUGGUGGUUCCCAUGGACCCUGUCAUGGCGGUCGCUCACGGUCACGUACUCCCUGUCGAUGUUCUCGUUGCUUUCACGGAGGAUGAAGGCUACAUGCAAACCUAUAAGCUUUUCCCGCAUCUCUUCACCAACGAAUCCAGGUUGACUCUGAGCGAGGCCCGCUCGAUUCUAGCGGAAGUUUUGGACCUCUUCCCGGACGACGCUACAGAUCUACUCAUGGAUUUCUACUUUGGCAAGCUCAACGACAGCGACCCACCCAAUGACAUCCGACAGGCCCUCUCACAGGCUUUCGGUGAUAUAUUCGUCACGUGCCCGGCACGAAUAUUCGCCGAAUCCUUCGGAGACCGACCCAUGAACGCGUUCCUCUACGAAUUCAAAUACAAGCCGCUCCUCUCGAUGAACCCGGCGGAAAUAGGCGCAACGAACUUCGAUGACAUACCUUAUUUAUUCGGGGAACCCUUACGAUUCCCAGAGAGAUUCGCUUCGGACGACGUCUCUAUAACGAAAAUGAUGAUGAACAUUGUGACCUCAUUCGUCAAAUCAGGGACACCGGAACCGGUUCGCGACUUCGCGAUACCGAAAUUCGAGUCGCCCGCUUAUAAAUACGUUCAACUAAGCGGCUCAGGAGCUAUCGAGAAACAGUUCCCGAGGCCUAGCUGUGAUCUCUGGAAGAGAUUCUACCCGAAGAACUCCUGA